AUGGCUACUUCAGUCCCCGAGUCAUACGCUUCUCUCAACUAUGCCGAUAUCUCCGUUUCUAAUGUCCCGGAAUCGUCUCCUACCGUCACCAAGGUAGUUACCGUUGCAUUUAACCGACCGAAGAAGCACAAUGCGGUAACUGGUAAUAUGAUUGAGGAGCUCGUAUCGGCCUUUGAGCUUCUCGGCCAAGACAGCCGGGUCCGCGCGAUUAUUCUCACCGGUAAAGGGAGGACCUUCUGCGCUGGAGCGGACUUGGAGAUUGGCUUUUCUGCAUUGCUCCCUCAGAAGCAAAGCGAGGAGGCAUUUAACAAUUAUAGAGACGGCGGUGGCCGCGUUGCACUCGCGAUCGCGAGGUGCCCAAAGCCAACGAUUGUGGCAGCGAACGGCUCGGCUGCCGGCGUGGGCUUCACGCUUAUGCUGCCCGCCACCAUUCGCGUCGCCUGGGAGGGUGCCAAAGUCGCUGCACCUUUUUCAAGGCGAGGCAUUACUCUUGAAUCCUGCAGUGCUUUCUUCUUGCCACGCUUGAUUGGCCUGUCGAAAGCAAUGCACAUCUCGACGACCGGGGCGACGUACCCUGUGACAGACCCUCUUGUGCGAGAUCUGUUCUCCAAGCUUCUCCCCACCCCCGAAGAAACUGUUGCGUACGCCACUCAGCUCGCCGUUGACAUUGCUGAGAAUACAUCCGAGGUCAGCACCAAGUUAAACCGUGACUUGUUACUGUACUGCCAGGAAUCGCCCGAGCAGGCACAUCUCAUCGAGUCCAAGGCGUUCCUAUCGCUGGUUGGCUCUGGGGACAACUUGGAAGGAGUCAAGAGUUUCAUGGAAAAGAGGAAGCCCAAUUUUACGGGCACCAUCGCCAAGGGAAAACUGCCAUUCUGGCCUUGGUGGGAUGACCAGACGCAGCAGAAACCGAAAGAGAAGCUUUGA